GCCGAUCCGCGCCCCAGCGGCGGCAGUGAGUGAACAGUUCUCCGAGGACUAUCGUCGGUGUCGGACGCGUCUUCGUCCCCUGCUCCAGAAGUCGGACGCCUUCGACCCCCCUCGGAGUACGUCGGAGGCUGUCGGCGCGCCCCGCGAUGCGGUGGUGUUCCGCCUCGUGGUCGUCGUCGUCACCGAGCCGAGCUCCUCAUCCGCAGCCGGUAUGAGACGGCGGUGGUGCCGGGCGCUGCCGCUGCUCUUGCUGCUCGUCUGGUGGUUCCCGGUGCAUCCCAGUGAAGCGGCCCGCUACGUGGCCCCCGAGGACUGCCGCUGGGAGCCUCUAGACGCGACUGGCGUGGCCCUCAGCUGCGCCGUGAGGACUCUGAGCGGCGGUCCCGAGCCGAGCAACUUCAGCCUCAUCCAGCCGGGCCACACGGCCAGGCUCACUGUGCGCUGCGACGAUCUGCUCUUCGAGAGCGACCUCAUCAAUGGGUCCUUCGGCCAUCUCAGCGGUCUGCGGUCGCUCACCAUCGAGCGGUGCAAGAUCGAGACGGUGCCCCCGCUGGCCUUCGCGGGACUCUCGGAGCUGCGGAAUCUCAGCAUCCGCACCUACAACACGGACUGGGGAAAGUUUUCGCUGCGUCUGUCGCCGGACAGCUUGUCUCCCCUGCGGCAGCUCGUCAGGCUCGACCUCAGCCGCAACAACAUGGACACGCUUCCUCCGUCGGUGUUGUGUCCGCUCGUGCAGCUCGUGCAGGUCAACCUCACGCGCAACCGGUUCGUGGAGGUGGCUAGGAUGGGCUUCUCCGAGACGCGCUGUUCUCCACUGGUGCAAAAACUGGAUGCCGCCCACAACCGGCUGCGAGUUCUCUCGGAGAAAGGGUUCGCGUCUCUGCGGCAGCUCCGCGAGCUCAAGCUGGACCACAACCAAAUAGCGCGCGCCGAACAAGGCGCCCUCGUCGGACUGUCCCGACUCCAGAACCUGGAUAUGGCGCACAACGCGUUGGUGGCGCUCCCGCCUAGGUUCUUACAGGCCACGGAGAAGCUUUCCGAGUUGUACCUGCGUAACAACUCGCUGAGCGCGCUACCGCCGGGUCUGUUCAGCGGACUGGACCAGCUUACCACGCUGGACCUCGCGCACAACCAACUCAGCUCGGGCUGGCUGGGACCGGACACACUCGCCGACCUAACGCGGCUCACGGUGCUCGACCUGUCGCACAACCGGCUUACGCGACUAGACGAAUCCUCGUUCCGGUCUCUGCACAGUCUCCAGACGCUGCAGUUGCAGCACAACCUUAUCGAGUCAAUUGCGGACCUGGCGUUCGCGUCGCUCUACAACCUGCACACGCUAGUCCUGAGCCACAACCGGCUCAAAUCUGUGGGCAUGCACAUGUUUUCGGGGCUGUCUUCCGUGGGCGGCCUUUACCUGGACCACAACCGGCUCGAGUCACUGCAUUCGGACGCUUUCCACAAUAUGUCCACGCUGCAAGAGAUCAUCCUCGCCGGGAACCGACUGUCGUCAGUGCCCAAGGUGGUUCAAAGCCUGCAGUUCCUGCGUUCCCUAGACGUUGCGGAUAAUAUCAUCACGGAUAUCCAAAACGCGUCGUACCAGGGCCUCCGGCAUCUGUACGGCCUGAACCUGAUGGGAAACCACAUCGGCAACCUCAGCCAGGGGGCCUUCCACGACCUGCCGUCCCUGCGCAUCCUCAACCUGGCUCGCAAUGGAAUCCAGUCCAUCGAACAGGGCACGUUCGACGACGUCCCGGACCUGCACGCGUUACGUCUCGACUCAAACUUCCUGGACGACGUCAACGGCCUUUUUAGUAACCUGCACGACCUCAUCAUGCUUAACAUCUCCGCCAACCGUGUGCGAUGGUUCGACUACGCGCUCAUCCCCAUCGGGCUUCAGUGGUUGGACAUUCACGACAAUCAGAUAGAGGCGCUGGGGAACUACUUUGAGCUGGAGUCCAUACUCAAGCUGAGGACGCUGGACGUGUCGCACAACAGGCUCACCGACUUGGACUCGUCGUCGCUGCCCAAUGGGAUUGAGAUCGUGUUCCUGAGAAACAACCAGCUACGCCGUAUCCAGCCCUUCACGUUCCUGGGCAAGCAGAACCUCACGCGAGUCGACCUCACCGAGAACCGGCUGGAGACGCUGGACAUGACCAUGUUCCGGCUGAGCGAAGUGCCCAGCACCCGUCCGCUGCCGCAGUUCAUGGUGGCCGGUAAUCCGUACCUUUGCGACUGCCACAUGGAGUGGCUGCAGCGCUUGGGCAACCUGGACGACUCCCGGCAGUACCCGCGCGUCAUUGAUCUCGCCGACGUGGUAUGUCAUCUGAGUUUCACUCGAAGGAAAGCCACGCUGCCGCUGGUCAAGGCGCACUCGUCGCAGUUCCUUUGCCGCUACCGGAACCACUGCUUCGCGCUGUGCCACUGCUGCGACUUUGAUGCUUGCGACUGUGAAAUGGUAUGCCCAGAUAAUUGCACCUGUUACUACGACCAGAGCUGGAAUACCAACAUCGUGGACUGCAGUGCAAGGGCGCACAUCGCCGUUCCCAAGCAGCUCCCGAUGGACGUAACCGAGCUCUACCUGGACGGUAACGACAUCCCGGCGUUGUCUAGCCAUACCUUCAUCGGUCGGAAGAACAUGAAGGUCCUCUACCUCAACAGCAGCAAUGUGCAGACCGUCCACAACCGCACUUUCAGCGGACUCCGCACUCUCCGAGUGCUACGUCUCGAGCGGAACCGGCUUGCCACCCUUCAUGGCUACGAGUUCGACGGCCUUGGAGAGCUCAAAGAGCUCUACCUGUCCUACAACCACUUGACGCACGUGAAUAACGCCACCUUCGUGCCGCUCAAGUCGCUUGAAGUGCUCCACCUGGAUCACAACUACAUCCUCGAGAUGGCCAUCUGGAACCUGCAGCUCCAGCCGCGGCUAAACGACGUCCGGCUCGCCGACAACCCGUGGUCGUGCGACUGCCACUUCGCCCAGGAGUUCACCGACUUCCUGCAGAACAAGGGCGCCGAGCUGGUCCGUGACCUGUUCAGCAUUCAGUGCGUGCACAACGAGACGUCCGCCCUGCCGCUCUGGGAGCUCAACACCACGUCGUGUACCAACGUGUCCGAAGCCACGACGCUAGUGCGCCACUUCCAGGUCGAAGACCUCGUACCCCUGCUGGUCGUACUGGCCGCCCUGUUCUUGCUUCUUGUGUGCAUCGUGGUGCUGGCCUUCGUGUACCGGCGCCACCUGAGCGUCUGGUUCUACACCAAGUACGGCGUGCGCAUGUUCCAACGGGCGCCCGCCGAAGAAGAGAAACUCUUCGACGCGUUCGUGUCGUACAGCAAGAAGGACGAGGCGUUCGUCGCCCAGAUCCUGGCGCCCGAGCUAGAGUGCGGUCAGCCGCCGUACAGACUGUGCCUUCACUACCGCGAUCUGCCCAUGGCCGGCGGCUACCUGACGGACGCCAUCACCGAGGCCGUGGAGAGCAGCCGGCGGACUAUCGUAAUUCUUUCGGAACACUUCCUCAAAAGCGAGUGGUGCCGCUACGAGUUCAAGUCGGCCCAUCACGAGGUGCUGCACAGUUGCACCCACCGACUGGUGGUCAUCUUCUUGGGCAGGGUAUCGUACAAGGAGCUCGACCCGGACAUUCGGAUCUGGCUCAAGUCCAGCACCUUCCUGCGCUGGGGAGAGAAGAGGUUCUGGGACAAGCUACGCUACGCUAUGCCGGAUACGCGCCACAGGAAGCCGGGCGUCCCAGGCAGCAGGAGCGACGUGGCCAGCGUCGCCGUGCACAUCUGACGAACGCCGCCGGCCCCCGUGCAGGACGUGUACAGCUCGCUCCUUCGAGACUUCUCCUGUGCAUAGUGACCGCAGUGCGUGCGUGUGUUGCGCCGACUCCCGUGCUGUGUGUUUCCCUGGUGAUGACGAGAGGUGACCCUGGCCGCAGUGUGCUCGCGGCCGUUGGAACCCCCGAACGGAUACAUCCACGGACCGGCCGGGUGCGUGCGAGGAUUUGAGCCGAGAGGGUUAGAGCCCCUUCAUCUAAGUCAAGUUUACCCCCAAAUUCAAUCUCCUCCUCCCUGACACGACCGCCUGCAGGUAAACAAACAAUUCUUUUGUUUCCUCCUCGCCCGGGGAGCGCGCGAGUGAGCGAGCCAGCGAACUUCUUGAACUGUGUGUCCGCUUUUUAGAAGGGAACGAACUCUCCAUUUUCCAAAUUGAACGAACUCUUUUAAACAUAGCGCGCCUUGUUUUCUUGCGGCGUGGCGCUUCGCGAGAACUGGUGGCAAACGACACUCGAGAACUGUCUGUACAUAGUUGGUCUAUUGUAAUAUAGUGUGUUCCUUUUUUUUUUCUUUCGUAACUUAUAAGUUCGUUGCUGUCCCUACUUCCCCCCAAAAAGUGUUCUCAGUUUCUUCUACGACUACUACGAAUGAGAAGACAAGAACUUAGUGCUGCGGAUACCGCCACUUUGCGAGAUGAAGCGAUCUGAAGCUGUGAUGUAUAAAUCCUAUGCAGUUUGUUGUGAAACUGGCGAAGCGGUUUGUGCGCCGAAGCGCAGGCUUUGAAAAAGUCAUCUUGGGAAAGGAGCCAGCAUUUGUCCACAUGAGAACAACAUAUAAAAUGCAAGGUCUUAAGGAAAUUUCUAUCCUAUUUAUUUAUACUUAUUUAAUGUCAACCAUUUCAACGCCUUAGGCGUUAGGUUCGAUCGAUGGAGAUCAACGACACCCCCAUUAUGUUAAAUGCAAUUGAGGAUGACAUGUAAAAGCGAACUUCAGUUCCAAAGCGUAAAUCUGACCACAGUUUUAUAUGCUCCCACUCGAGUUUUAAAGUAAACAAAACAUUUUUUACUGGCAUCGUCACCUAGCAUAGCCGCCUUUUUCGUUUUCCGUAAUUAAAAACAAAGCAAAAUUUAGGGAUAUUUAGUGUGAUAACGAAGAAGACGGGUCCCGAGUGUGUUACGCGUUGAGAGCCACUGCUGUGUAUAGAGCCACGUUGGCGUACUUCCUAGGAACAACAAAUUUCUCCCAUGGUUGGCUUCUGUACCUCUGUGCUUACGAACAAAGUCUCUGCCCCCAAUUUCUCCCUGGUGUCUCUCUCACUUUCUCUGGUAAAACUCAAACCCAAUGGAAAAAAAAAUGAAAAAAACGUGGUUUGAAAUAAAGGAGAAAGCGCCAACCAAUGAACAAUAAAUAUCCUAUAGCGUGACUUUGAAACUUCGCAGCGAAAAGAAGAGAUGAACCAUAAAUACAAAAUUGAAAUUGAAGACAAAAAAAAAAUCCUUUUAUGGCAAUAAAUAAAAGUGUCGCAACAUUUUCCAGAACGUU